GGCGUUGUUUGCUUCGUGAGGUUUGAGGAACCACUGGCCAACUUGCUAAAUGAGCAGCAUCGCACAGUGAAGGAGCUACUUGAACAGCCGAAGAUGAAGAAAUCUUCAGCCAAACAGCAGCAGGAGGUAGAGAGGGUUAAGCCCCAGAGUGAGAAAGUUCAUCAGGCUCUGAUUCUAGACCCAGCACAGAGGAGGAGACUCCAGCAGCAGAUGCAACAGCAUGUUCAGCUCUUGACGCAAAUUCACCUUCUCGCCACCUCCAACCCCAGUCUCAGUUCGGAGGCCAGUACCACCAAGAUACUUCUUAAAGAGCUGGGAACCUUUGCUCAAAGCUCCAUCGCCCUUCAUCAUCAAUUCAACCCCAAGUUUCAGACCUUGUUCCAACCCUGUAACCUGAUGGGAGCUAUGCAGCUCAUUGAAGACUUCAACACACAUGUCAGCGUUGACUGGAGUCCUCGUAAAACUGUCAAGAAGACCGCCUAUGAAUUUCCCUGUUUGCCAAAGCAAGUAGCUUGGAUCCUAGCCACGAGCAAGGUUUUCAUGUAUCCAGAGCUACUUCCAGUGUGUUCUCUGAAGGCAAAGAAUCCCCAGGAUAAAAGUUUCUUCACCAAGGCUGAGGACAAUUUGUUAGCUUUAGGGCUAAAGCACUUCGAAGGGACUGAGUUUCCUAAGCUUCUCAUCAGCAAAUACCUUCUCACUUGCAAGACGGCACACCAACUGACAAUGAGAAUCAAGAACCUCAAUAUGAAAAGAGCUCCUGACAACAUCAUUAAAGUAAGUGCUUCCUUUCACGCACUCCUGGGUACCUCGCCGAG